AUGAUGAAAUUACAUCGAGAUGGAUUUUUCCAAGAAUGGUUGAAAACUUUCGAUUCUUGGUAUGAAGGAUACAAUAACUUUACACCAAGUACAAAUAAUUCAUUAGAAGCAACAAAUAGGGUCAUCAAAGAUGAACACACAUUUAGAGAACGACAUCCAUUAUCAAGAUUUUUUAUAAUUGCAAAUGAUAUCGUCCAUAGAUGGUCCAAAUCUCGCAAUCAGAAACAAGCAGAUCCAAUCAUAUAUUCAACAGAACCAACAAUUACAUUACAAGAGUGGACUAAUGCCUAUCAUUUUGCAAAAUCAUCAAAAUCAGCAUUACAAAUAUCAUCGAAAAGAAAAGGUUUCACUGAUUACUAUAUGCCAGCUGGCAAAGCACAAAAUGUUACAACAAAUGAAAUCCAGAUAUAUAAAAUGAAAAAAUGGACAUCGCUUGAUCAAUUUAAAGAUUUUCAAUUUAGCAUAUGGAGAGUAACUUUAUCAGACAAUGCAACGGAAUGUAAAAGCGGACUUUGCAAUUGUCCAAGCUUCUUCAAAGAAUACAUUUGCAAACAUAUUAUGGGCAUGGCUAUUAGGUUGAAGUUUUGUAAACCACCUCCAUCAGCAAAGGAUAUACCUUUGGGUGAAAAAAGAAAUCGAGGACGACCACGAAAAGCAACAAAAGUUCUAUUAAUACAAUAA